CUUCAUUUCACUUCCUAGUGUAGGGUUUCAUUGCCGUUCACACACCCUCCGCUCCGCACAGGCAGUGCUGGACUGUUGCGGUGGUUUGGCCCCAGACUUCAGCAGGAUGCGCGUGGCAGGCCACCUGAAGGGUAUCAGCACUGGCUUUUUGGGCAGAAGACUGAAUGGAGGUUUCCGUGAAAACUUUAUGAAGAGGCCUUGAUUUGAUUUGCCUUCAAUCUGAGGCGCACCUCGCCUGUGCUGAGGGCACAUAGGCUACCUGUGCGGACUUGCCCGUUAGGUAGGCCUAGGACUCAAGUGAGCCGGAGUCGAGCCCGAGGAGACACACCUUACUUGCCUUUUGCGGCUCUACGGAGACCCCCGGCCCACCUUCUCUCGCUCCCCGUCUCUCUCUCUCUCUCUGAAAGCGGAGGAAUAACCGAUCUGAACACUGAAAUGUCGUCAAAUGAGAGAGCAACGCGCGCACUGAAGGAGAUCCUGCAAAAGCCUGGAAAUAACGCUUGCGCAGACUGCGGAGCACCGGAUCCCGGGUGGGGCUCCUGCUCCCUGGGGGUGUUCAUCUGCCUGGCCUGCUCUGGGAUCCACCGCAACCUUCCCGACAUCAGCAAGGUCAAGUCCCUAAACCUUUCCCACUGGGAUGACCAAGAGGUGCAGUUCAUGGCUGAGAAUGGUAACGAGCUGAUGAAGAGUAAAUAUGAGGCUGCUGUCCCAGUCUACUACUACAAACCAACCCACAAAGACUGCCAGGUGUUGAGGGAACAGUGGAUUAGAGCAAAGUACGAGAGGAAGGAAUUCACUGAGCCUUGGAAGAACUUUACAUACGAGGAAGAAACUAGAGAUGGCAUGUUGAUGAAAAGGGGGCGGGACAACGGGCAGUUCCUCAGCAGGCGAUUCGUCCUCUCAGAGAGGGAGGGGACUCUGAAGUAUUUCACCAAAUAUGACGCUAAGGAGCCCAAAGCAGUACUCAAGGUGGACACCAUCAAUGCAACCUUACAGCCUGAGAAGAUAGGAAACCCCAACGGCCUGCAGAUCACCUACCUCAAAGACUACAGCACCCGCAACAUCUUUGUCUACCAUGACAACGGCAAGGAGAUCGUAGACUGGCUUAAUUCAAUUCGUGCAGUUAAGUUUCACUAUCUAAAGGUGGCUUUUCCUGGGGCGACGGAUGCUGAGCUGGUACCCAAACUUACCCGGAACUUUCUGAAGGAAGGAUACAUGGAAAAGACAGGUCCCAGGCACACGGAAGGUUUCAAGAAACGUUGGUUCACUCUGGACCAGAGGCGACUCAUGUACUUCAAAGAUCCGCUGGACGCCUUUGCCAAAGGUGAAGUGUUCUUGGGGAACAAGGACCAUGGUUACAGCGCCUCCCCCGGCUUGCCUGCUGGCACCCACUGCAACGGCGCCUGGCAACACGGUAUCACCAUAGUAACACCUGACCGUGGCUUCCUGUUUACUUGCGAAACAGAGAGCGACCAGCAGGAAUGGCUGAAACACUUCAGUGAUAUCAUGAGUACUCAGAUGUCCCCUCAGGAUUACACAAUGGAGGCCAUGUUCAAGCACAGGCAUUGAUGGACCAGAGGCCUGUGGGACCAUCUCCUCUCCUCUCAGCCCAUCACCAAUCUGACACCGGACCCACACUGGCUCUGCCACUGAUUAUUUUAGUGAUUUUGGGAACUUGUAGCAAAAUCUUCAUCAUUAAUAUGGUCAGACUGGAGCGUGUUGCUACCCAAGUCCCAAGGUGCUCUUUGGCAAUGGGGUUAAAAAUGCAAACAAGAGGACCGAGGCAAAUGUAAAUUGAGAAUUUAAAAAAAAAUGACAUUAAAUUUAAAAAAAAAAAAAAAGUCAAAUUUAAGGAAUACUUGGUAAUCAAUAAGAUUUUUAUUUGAUUUUGCUUUGGUCACAGUUUUAGCAUUCAUUGCUGUGGUGUUUUGUGGCGCAAAGAGAUCACUUGUCAAUCACACAGUCUGGGCAGUAUAUAACACACUUCUUUUUGAUUUUAUGUAGCACAUGUUUGAAAUUCUACAUGGUGCUCUUUUCUUGGCCUGUUCAGACAUGGUCCCUGUUGCCCAUACUAACUUACUAUGGGAAUGUAAAAACACAUCACUUCCCAUGUGCCAGUGGAUUGAUUUUUUUAUCAUGGUAAAAUAAUGAGGUUGGAAUUUAGGUUUAUUAGAUAUUCAAUGCGAAAUUUAAGACACUGCUAAGGUGAGAAGUGCCUUGGUCCUCUUGUAUAAUGUAUUUUAUGUCCAAAUGUGGUGUGAUGAUUCAGAAUUCCUUUUGAUUUUUUUUGUCUUAAAAAAAAGCAAUGUUAUUCAUUUUUAUGCCAACUUUGUACCUACGCUCAUGACUUAGAACAUGUAUAUUGUGCAAGAGUAUUGCAGACCAGUUCAUGAGCUACAGUUGCAUCAUACUGCUUGUUAUGCUGGUUCAGUCCAAAAGGUCAAAGAGUUUUUCCAAGCAAAGCAAUAUCUUCAGACACACUACCUGUGCAGUUUAUAUCAUGAAUCCAUGGUGACUUUUAUGAUUUAGUAUUUUCUUUUAAGUCUAGGCAAAUGUUGAGUAGUUUUUGAGACAUGUGAGUACUUCUGUCACAGACGUACUUGAAAGACAAUAAAGGAGAUUUGCAAAUGCAUUGGGAUGGAAAAGCUGGAAACACUGCAAGCCAUUACAUAAUCUAACAGUGCCUCCAUGUGGCAUAGAGUAUAUAUACUAAGUAUUUGAUAAAACAAACAAUAAUUCUAAUAUGUUAUUUUUUCCUAAUUUUUUAUAGAUAUCAAACAACCAAUUGAUACAUUUUAGAGGUAUUUGUGUGUUGUUCUCAGCAUCUGUUUUUGGUUAAAGAGGUACUCACAUUACGUAUUAAUUUGGUCUCAUACAUUUUUUUUUAAAUAAAGGUAUUUCAAUGCUUGACCAUAGCUGAAUGACAUAGCGCAUGCCAUUAUUGAUGACCAAUAAAAAUAUUUCCUCUGGAAGUUGUCAAGGA